GGUCCUCCAUCAUAUUGACGGCUCGUAAACAGCAGCAUCACAAAGCUGCACCGGACAAAUCUUUUAACCACACGAUCCGCCGUCGUGUCCAAUUCAAGUCACAGUCUACGCUUCGGAAGAAGAGGCCAUAGUCUCCCUUCAAACCCCCGCUCCCCAACCCAAUCGACCCGAAACAACUCGCUAUCCGAAUUCGGUCUCGAAUCUUCUUUUUCCUCCACCCUCGACGACGACCAUCACCAACGGUACCACCACUUCCCGUCACUUAAACGAUCACCAUGGGCGGCGAUGUCCCAUCAACAUUCGGAAGCGCCAGCAGCAGCAGCAGCAGCAGCGAUGGCCAAACAGACAAGCAAGUAGAGCGCUUGCCGAUGCCCUCCAGGAACCCUCUGCCUCUCUCGGCGUCACAGGAGGCGCAAGUCCGAGACAUCUUUUACGCCAGGGUCAGGAGGCAAUGUACUGAGGAAAUCAAGGCCUUCGCCGAAUGCGCCCUAGGCCGCACCUUCUCCGUCCCCUUCGCCUGCCGCGCGCCCCACCGGGUUAUGAACAACUGCAUGAAGUUGCACGCCACGCCCGCCGAGCAGGACGCCGCGCGCGAGGAGUGGUUCGCUUUACGUAUGGAGCGCGCCCGGGAGCGCGAGCGCAAAGCGCGGCGCAAGGCCGAGCAGGAAGCCUUUUUGCGCGAGUGGUGGGGAUUACCCGAGAAGGACCGCGAGGAGGCGCGCAAGGAGCUCGAGAAGAUGAAUCAGAAGGAGAGAGUGGGGGGUUAUGUGGGGAAUAAUCGCCUGAGAGAUGCUAAUGAGGCUGCGGCGAAGAAGAGCAAGAUAUUGGAGCAGGCGAGGUUGGAGAGGGAUGGGAUUGAUCGGGAUUUGCAUACGUGAUGGGCUUUUUUUGAGGGAACGAAAGAAAAGGGGGUAGGAGAUGGAGCGAGGGGAGGUUGGACAAGGGUGGCGGAUUGUGGGGAGCUUGAAGGGAAAUAAACGAACGAAGAGCAGGAAACCUUUGCGCCUCGAGUCUAACCUGCCAGGCCAGCGAGGAAGACAAAACUCGGGGUUCAGUUGCCCGGGUUGGGUUGAGCUGGGUGCCGCAAGGCUGUGAGGCUUUUGCGUUAAUUUUUUUUUCCGAUCAAGGUCCUUGUCCAUGGCUCUCCAACGGCAAUCACUACUCCCACGUUCUCACAGUUCCGCGGAUACUUUUCCGUGGU